CAAAACAAACGAUUCCAUGACGAAUCAGUCGUCGCUGUCGUACAGUGAGUUUGCGAGCAGAGAGAGGAGGAGGACGAGCUGGCACUAUCAUCACUGCAUCACUGACUGACCCGCCGCCACAGAACACGGGUGUGCGGUCGUCGCGUCGUGCCACUGUCACAUUAUGCGCUGGUCACCGUCUGUAACGACGAACGUGUUGUGAGACGCGGUUUCGCCGCAGCAGGGCCACAGAUAAACGGCUAAAGCGAGUAGCAGUGGCGUUAGCUCCUGGAGACCCCAUUCCUGCACACCACAGAGCGCGAUGAUUGGACGCUGCCUGCCUCGAUCAGCCAACUCCUAGUUCUGCUGCACCUGAUUGGACGACUGCCUGCCUGAGAGCUGAUGGUUGCUACAAUUGCCAUGACUUAGAAACACUCCUGAUACAGAGAUGGAGAAAAAGAAAUUGUGCCCCCGCCUCCUGGACUACCUGGUGGUAGUUGGAGCAAGGCAACCCAGCAGCGACAGCGUGGCACAAACCCCUCAGCUACUGAGGCGCUAUCCACUGGAGGACCACAAUGAGCUCCCUCUGCCCCCUGACGUUGUGUUCUUCUGCCAGCCUGAGGGGUGCCUGAGCAUACGCCAGCGCCGGGUCAGCCUUCGUGACGACACCUCUUUCGUCUUCACUCUCACCGACAAAGAUUCAGGUGUCAUUCGCUAUGGAAUCUGCCUCAACUUUUACCGCUCUUUCCAGAAGUGCCACCACCGCCCACGAUCUGAAGGAAAAGGAGAAAAGCCCCCUCAUACAGACUCUGCAGUGGAGGCCACAGAGAAAUUUGACCCCUCCACAUUGAAUCUUUCAGGGGAAUCUACACUGCCCCCUGCAGGAGAUGGGACUUUGCCACCAGGCGAACCGGGCAGUACCGGAAAGUCUCCACGAUCCAAACACACUGGUCGACUAGCACCACAGAACCGGAACAGCACGUUAACGUCUCUGUGCAUUCUGAGCCACUACCCCUUCUUUUCUACGUUCAGGGAGUGUCUGUACAUCCUCAAGCGCAUGGUGGACUGCUGUAGUCAGCGGCUCAACCAGAGACCCGGCGCUGCUAAGUCCACACAACGGGACACAAUGUGGCGUGUGUUUACCGGCUCUCUCUCCAUCGAGGAAAAAGAAAAGGGCAGUCAGGUGCUUCAGGACCUGAGGGAGAUUGAGUCGUGGGUGUAUCGGCUGCUGCGCUCCCCGGUGCCUGUUGCUGGUCAGCGACGUGUUGACGUGGAAGUGCUCCCCCAUGAGCUGCAGCCUGCUCUGACCUUUGCCCUGCCAGACCCUUCCCGCUUCAGCAUUGUAGACUUCCCGCUCCAUCUGCCUCUGGAGCUGCUGGGGGUUGAUGCUUGUCUUCAGGUCCUGGCCUGCAUUCUGCUGGAACACAAGGUGGUACUGCAGUCCCGAGAUUAUAACGCCCUCUCAAUGAGCGUCAUGGCAUUUGUUGCAAUGAUUUACCCCCUUGAGUACAUGUUUCCUGUCAUUCCACUGUUGCCCACCUGCAUGGCCUCCGCAGAACAGCUGCUGCUAGCACCCACUCCAUAUGUCAUUGGUGUGCCUGCCAGUUUCUUCCUGUACAAGUCCGAUUUUAAGGUGCCUGAUGACGUUUGGUUAGUGGAUCUGGACUGCAACAAGGUCAUUGUUCCAAGCAACGCAGAAUUACUCCCUCCCCUUCCUGAACCUGAGGCCUCUGAGCUGAAGAAACACUUGAAGCAGCUCUUGGAGUGUCUGGUAAGAUUGACUGUGAUCACCCAAAAGCAGAUCUUCGCCUCCGAUUCCAAGGCUCUGGCCAGCAUGAGUCUGAACACGCAGCCUAUUCUAAACUUGGAGAAGUUUCAGGAUGGACAGGAGUUGUCUUUAUUGCCCCCCGGUCGUGACAAAGCCUCCCCGUCCUCCACUGAGUUCAACCCGCUUAUCUAUGGCAAUGAUGUGGACUCAGUUGAUGUUGCCACAAGGGUGGCGAUGGUGAGAUUCUUCAACUCUCCAAAUGUGCUGCAAGGGUUCCAGAUGCACACUCGCACUCUGCGGCUCUUCCCCCGUCCUGUGGUGGCAUUCCAGGCCACAUCUUUCCUGGCUUCUAGACCGCGGCGGAAUGGAUUCACCGAAAAGCUCUCCCAUACCCAGGCGGUGGAGUACUAUGGAGAGUGGGCUCUCAACCCCACCAACCUGGCUUUCCAAAGGAUUCAUAACAAUGUGUAUGACCCCUCUCUAAUAGGCGAUAAGCCUAAGUGGUAUGCCCACCAGUUACAGCCAGUAUUCUACCGUGUGUAUGAUGGUAACUCUCAUCUGGCGGAGGCGUUGAGUGGACCCCUGCAGGAUGAGACCAAUGAUUCAGACCCGACAGAUGACAGUGGCAGUGACAGUGAAGCAUACGAUGACUCCAGCUCUUCCUACUCGUCUCUGGGAGACUUUGUGAAUGAGAUGAUCAAAGGGGACAUACAAGGGGACACACCAAAUGUUGAUGCUCUGACACAUGCUGCGCUGGGAGACGCGAAUGAGGUAGAGAUCCAUUACUUCCAGGAGUAUAAGGGGGACAACGGUGACCCAGAGCCUGAAGGCCUCCCAGAAGCAGUGGACAGUCAGCCACUGCGGUCCAGCUCCAGCACGACGGCCAGUUCCAGCCCCAGUACAGUCAUACAGGGAGUCAACCAUGAACAGAAGGAACCCGUCGAGGUGGAGGCGACAGCUGGCAUAACCCUCCAGAACCCUGUCCCAGGAUUGGGAGCUCCACCUUUUACAAGACCCACUCCUGAUCUGGUUCCUGUUGACCCAGCCAAUAAGAAGCGAGAGUACGAUAAUCCCUAUUUUGAGCCCCAGUAUGGCUUCCCUUCAGAGGAGGAUACUGAAGCAGAUGAGCAGGAGGAGAGUUACACACCGCGAUUCAGCCAGAAUCUCAAUGGCAACAAACCGUCUCGUCCAUUGAGACCCAGCAGUCUGAAGCUUCCGGGUGAAUCUGAUGGGGAGGGAGACUCCAGAAAUAGCUCUCCAAACUCCACCAUCUCCAACAAUAGCAACGAUGGCUUCGGGGGACUCAUGUCCUUCGCCAGUAACCUGUAUAAAAACCAUGGCACCAGUUUCAGUCUGUCCAGUCUAGCUCUGCCUAAUAAAGCACGAGAGAAGAACACACCGUUCCCCAGUCUCAAAGUAUUUGGGCUAAAUUCUCUAAUGGAGAUUGUAACAGAGAUCGGCCCGGGGAGCGGAGAAGGUGCUCGAGCUCCCAGAGCGCUGGUAGAUCAGAAAUCCUCUGUUAUUAAGCACAGCCCCACCGUCAAGAGAGAGUCUCCAUCUCCUCAGGGCAGAGCCAACAACACCAGCGAGAACCAGCAGUUUCUCAAGGAGGUGGUCCAGAGCGUGCUCGAUGGCCAGGGUGUGGGUUGGCUCAACAUGAAGAAGGUACGCCGCCUGCUAGAGAAUGAACAGCUGCGAGUCUUUGUGCUCAGCAAACUCAACCGUGUGGUCCAAUCAGAGGAGGACGUUCAGCAGGAAGUUAUAAGAGAUGUGGAGAUAAACAGGAAGGUAUAUAAAGGCAUGUUGGACCUAUUGAAGUGCACAGUGUCCAGUUUGGAGCACUCAUACACUAAUGCUGGCCUGGGAGGCAUGGCCAGUGUCUUCAGUCUGCUAGAGAUAGCACGCACCCACUACCAAACCAAAGACCCAGAGAAGCGGAAACGGAGCUCCAUGGAGGGUGUUAGCAGCCCAGGCAGUAAGGAGAGCCCAUCGGGCCGAAUGGAGAGCGCCAGGGCGGCAGGCGUGCUCCUGGUACCCCGUAUCCAAUUGCCACCACCCUCCACUGGGAAAUCGUCACAGCAGUUUGAUACCCGGAGUCUGAACGAGGAGAAUUUUAUUGCCUCCAUUGAAUUGUGGAGCAAGCACCAGGAUAACAGAAAGCAAAAAGCUUUGGAAAAAGAACAGAGGGCUGAUGGAGUAAAACAGCGUCUGGAAGGUGGAGACACUGAAGAAAAAAAAUCACAGAUCAGUGCUGACAGUGGCCUCAGUGUGACGUCUGGUUCACAGAAGAGUGAUACGGAGUCCCUGGCGAGCUCCGAGCCUCCUGCUCUGACAAGAAGUGCCAGCCAGGACUCAGAGGCUAGCACAGUGGUGAGUAACAGCUCAGGUGAGACGAUGGGUGCAGACAGCGACCUGAGCAGCACUGCUGGAGACGGCCUGACAGGAAGACAUGCUCAGCAUCUCAACCUGUCCCGGGGCACACUCUCUGACAGCGAGAUUGAGACCAACCCUGCGACCAGCUCUAUGUUUGGCAAGACUCAUAAGCUGAAGCCAGGAUUGAAGGAACCUGUUGGUGUUAAUAAAGGAACCCCAACUCCGCCCCUCGAGGAUGUUAGCAUGAGGAUCUAUCUGUGUGAGGGGCUGCUGGGGCGAGAUAAAAGCUCAGUUUGGGACCAACUGGAGGACGCUGCCAUGGAAACCUUUUCUCUGAGUAAGGAGCGCUCUACUCUGUGGGAUCAGGUGCAGUUCUGGGAGGAUGCCUUCCUGGAUGCCGUUAUGUUGGAAAGGGAAGGAAUGGGGAUGGAUCAGGGACCACAAGAAAUGAUUGACAGGUAUCUGUCUCUGGGAGAACAUGACCGCAAGAGACUGGAGGACGAUGAGGACAGACUACUGGCCACUCUUCUGCAUAACAUGAUUGCCUACAUGCUUAUGAUGAAGGUCAGUAAAAAUGACAUCAGGAAGAAGGUACGGCGUCUUAUGGGGAAAUCUCACAUUGGCCUCUCACACAGUCAGGAGAUCAAUGAGGUCCUGGACCGCCUUGCACAUUUGAGUGGUCGGGAGCUUCUCAUCAGGCCAAGUGGCAGCCGGCACAUUAAGAAGCAGACAUUUGUUGUGCAUGCGGGGACUGAUACAACUGGUGAUAUAUUUUUCAUGGAGGUGUGUGAUGACUGCAUCGUCUUGCGCAGUAACAUCGGCACAGUCUAUGAGCGCUGGUGGUAUGAGAAGCUCAUAAAUAUGACCUACUGUCCCAAGACCAAAGUGUUGUGUCUGUGGAGGAGGAACGGUCAAGAGACACAGCUUAACAAGUUCUACACCAAGAAGUGUCGGGAACUGUACUACUGUGUUAAAGACAGCAUGGAGCGUGCUGCCGCACGACAACAAAGCAUCAAACCAGGUCCAGAGCUGGGAGGCGAGUUUCCAGUACAGGACAUGAAGACAGGGGAGGGUGGUCUCCUUCAGGUCACGCUGGAAGGCAUCAAUCUCAAAUUCAUGCAUAGCCAGGAGCGGAAGGUUUUCAUAGAGCUGAGUCACAUUAAAAAGUGCAAUACAGUGAAAGGAGUCUUUUUCCUGGAGGAGUUUGUUCCUGAAACUAAAGAAGUGGUGAUCCAUAAGUACAAGACUCCUAUGGCACAUCAGAUCUGUUACUCGGUGCUCUGCCUCUUCUCCUACAUGGCGGCGGUCAAGGGGAAAGAGUCAGAGGGCAAGCCCAAGAUGCUGUCCCCUCGUCCACUACCGAGCUAGCACACUUCUCUCCUACGUUUACUUCAACUCCCUGCAAUACUACUCCUGUUCAAUAAAAGCUGACACUCCUGCCAAUCUCCUUUUAAAGACCCCUGCUCCUGUAUCGAUUCAAAUGUAGAUGUAUUCACAUAUUCAUCACAUCCGUCCUAAUAGAACCAACCUGUUCAUAUAAUGUUAUCUGAUCACAUACCUGAUAUAAUAUUCCAGUCCUUGGACACUAAAAUGCUGGCAUUUCAUUCUCAUAAUAGGGACCAACCAGAACAAGAACAGACUUUUGACUACUGUUGGUUGACGUCCUCACAUUCAUACACUUUUAUUUAUUUCAAUCGGAGGCAUUUGGUUGCAUGCAGGUCCUAUGUGCAGCUCUUGCGAGUUGGCACUGGCAUACAGACAUCAGGCAAAAGUCUUUCCCCUCUUCAACCCUCUCUGAUAUCAGUCAGCAGGCUGUGCAUUUAAUAUUCAUGUGCUAAGUUGUACUGUAAAUUCCAGUCUGUUCUGUCUGUGGUGGGUGAAAUGUUCAAGUCUUUGCAAUCUAGCGCUGCCACGUAUGAGGGGUUUGCCUUAACCGUCCGCGACGGAGCAGCUAUCCCAUUCGUAAAUGUUCCAUUCGCCCUCCUCCACCUGCUGUAAGUGGUCUAAGGUCUGUGUAUCUCUUUAGCUUAAAAGGCUCAAACUACUGUACUAGUUCUGCUGUAAAGUUCCCUGUCUGUGAACUGCUGUGUUAAAUUUGCAUGUCACUUGGAAAAACAAAAUGGAUAUUUAAAAAAAAAAAGGAAUCUGUACAUCUCUGAAGCAAUGCUGAAAAAGCAACUAAAAUGUUUCUGAAAAACUAGUUUGUUUUCUAGAUGUGCAAUACUAUCGCUAGUGGGUACCGAGAACAAGUCCAGUCAUGUCCUCAGAGUUCAUCCACUGUCCUCCUGUGUUCAUAAUGAAGAGACCAGAGAGCGGAGCAGGCAUCACUUCUGUGUUUUCUGUUCAUUUCUUGUCAUUAUUUUGACACAGCAAUGACAAAAGGCAUUAUUAAUCUAUAAGACCGCUGCAUUUAGAGAUUGUUUAAAUAGUGAUGGAAAAGUCUUGUCCAAAAUAUCCUGUUCGAAGUGUCCUCUUCCUGUUUGUGUGUGUGUGUGAUCGUGUGUGUUUGUGUUAGAAACACUGAUGGCAAGAGAGUAUGACUGUACGUAGAGGUGCAGAGUCUCUUUUUGACUACUAGAUUUGACAGUACAGCUGUCACAUUUACAUAUUUUAAUAUUCUUUUAUGUUUUGCUCACAUUUUUAAUAAUUUAGAUGUAUGAAGUGUUGUUUUGCGUCUCCAUUCAAUUCAGUUGUUGUAUGCAGACUGUAAAUGGACUUAAAAAGCCCAAUCAAUAUUGGUUUUGAGAUAGCACAAAACUGAUUUCCCGGAGUCCAAGUCUCCCAAAACGGGUGUUUGGAGUUGGACAGUGGAUCAGGUCUGUUGUUUGAAAGUGUGAGAGAGAUAUAGUUGCACAUUAUUUGGGCUUUCAUUUUAGUCUGUAUUGUUUAGAACAAGAGGGAAAGGAAAAAAUAGAGACAUGGUUGUAAAUAUUUCAGCAUUUAAAAAUAUUUAUAGAACCUGUACAGCUUUGGCAAUAUGAAAAUAAAAGAUGUCCAACCCAA